ACCUGCUUUAUCAGCAUUGACCUCGCUAAACAAUUACUAAAGACUAGAAAAUCUCUACAUGCUCGUCCGAACUGCUAGAAAUAUCAGUCAAAUUCCCCUCAUAUCACACUCCUCAGCUUUAAAAAAGGGAAGGACACAUUAGAUAAAACAAUUCUAGAUACUCUACACAAAACAGAUAGUCGUGGAAGGAAAGCUUUUCAUCAAAGAACAGCUCAAUUAGCGGGUAAGAUGCGGUUAAACAACUGGAAAUGACGCACCCGCAAUAACUUUUGUCCAAUCAAAAAUCGUUUCAGGAACUCUCCUUCUUGCUCUGCCCCAUUGUUAAAAUCUUCGUAUUCGAUUUGUGUAUUAUCGUGGUUACCAGAAGGUUUUUGUUUAUUAUAUUUUUACUUGCUCGCAAGCCAUUAUGCAUGAAGAGAAAAGCGACCGUGUAGCAAUCAGCGACUAUGACAAGGCAGUGCUUAAUAGAGUUUUCAAUCCUGAAAAUCCGCACAACACUACCGAAGAUAUUGAAAUAAUUAACUCGAAUGAAGAACCUAAAAUAUUGGCUGCUUUUGAGCAAGAAGCUAAGUCUUGGGAAGUUCGAGGAGUUCAGGAAGCUGAAGAUGGAAACCUAGAUUCUUCAAUUCACAUGUUUACUCAGGCUAUACAACUUGCUCCGCAAUUGUCUUCUGGUUAUAAUAAUCGAGCUCAAGCACUCCGUUUGAAGGGUGAUAUUCAAGGGGCUUUAGAGGAUCUAGAUAAAGCCAUUGAGCUGAAUACUGGUAACAGUGCUGUCUGUAAAGCUGUUGUUCAACGUGCAAUACUUAGACGUUACAAAGGUGAUGAUAAAGGAGCUCUUGAAGAUUUUAAGAGUGCUGCAAGCAGAGGAAGUGCAUUUGCGCAACAGAUGCUAAUUGCGUUGAACCCAUAUGCUGCUCUGUGUAACCAAAUGUUGUGUGAGGUUAUCAAUAAGUUAAAGGCUGGAAAUAUUGAAGAAUCCAUUUAAAUAUUUAAUUAUUUUUGCUGUUUAGUACUUGGUUAACCCUGACCCAGCUUUUCUAUGAUGUUCCAUCUAUGACUACCUUCUUUUUUCUAAUUCAGACUAUAUAUCUAAAACUUAAUUACCUAAUUAUAUCUUUUUUGGUGCUGUAGUUUGGCUUCAGUUUAGUCUUGAUUAAAAAUAUUCUGGCCAUGAUCAUCAAACUUUUAUUUCAAAGAAAAUAGGAACAAAUGGAAGAAACUUCACAAGUGCCAGUACAAAUGUAGUUUGUCUUGGAGAGAAAUUAAAUCACUGAUACAAGGUGGAGAAGACUCUCAAGUUUUUCACAAACAUUCUCUCUAAUGUUAGUUGCAUAAUAAAAUGUACCCAUUCUACACUGUAAAGUGUUGGUAACAGCAAGCAUAAACUGGUACAUAAACUGUCCCAAAACCACUCAAAGCAAAAAGUAGAAGAGAGAGAGAAAAGGAAAAAUAUCACGACUGGUUUCCUUUGUUGCUGUGAAUACCAGAUGUCACGAGAUUGCACAUUUUGCGGGGUGGGUCUAGAAUCGAUUACAUUGUGUCCAUUAACUAACUUUAUUGACUCUCAAAAAGGGAAAAGCAAAUGUAUUUGUUUUACCUAUUUUUAAAAGUAGUAGGUUACUAGUAAAGAGUCAUAACUAAACACUACAUGUCAUGUAGCAGAAGUGAUUUCGUGCAAGUUAGUUACAUCCCUUUACAUUCUAGAUCCACCCCUUCAUCCUUGUUGUCAUAGCGGGGAGCAUGAAGAUCAUGAAUUGGGUGAUUGAGAAACACCAAGGAAUGAACUGGGAAGAAGAUGGUGCAAAGCUUGAAGUUACCCAAGUUGAACGGAGGCAGCUGUAUAUUUUGCUGAAGUUUUUAAAACUGCUUUCACUAAACCCUUGUAGGAUUUUUCAUUUCUUGUACUAACAAUUUAGAUUUCACCUUCAUUUUGUAAACAAAAGCUCUUGUUAAAUGUUUGCUAUUUGGAGAACAGCACUCUCUUAUACUGUUACACACAGCUACGUGUCUACUAUUUGAACUUGCUAUUUAAUCCUUUAGUGUUCAGAUUAAUUUGUCAAAUGCAAUGCUUAUCUGUUCAUAUUAAUUUAGAUUUAUUCAGGUUCAAGUGGGGUGUCCACAGUAUUUACUUGUAACUGUUAAUUUUUUACAUACAGAUUUGAAAUUAUGUAAAUGGGUGCUUAUAUGCCAGUGGUUUAUAGUUUCGUAAUUUUAGCUGAUCUUUCUGAUUAAAUUUGACUUUUAUGGGUAGGUAAAUUCAAUUAACAGAUGUAAAAACAAUAACAUUAUGAAUAAACACUAAAAUUCAUAUUGUUAAUACAUCUUACCUGUUUGAUUUGUUACUAAAAUUAUCCCAGAUGUCAACUGCCAACAAUUUUACAUUUUUCAAGAUGAGGUACAUUAAUUUGAAUUAAUUAAAAUACAGGUGUAAUCGGUACAAGAUUUUAUUCUUUCAAAGUACAAAACUCUUUUUCUAGUCAAUAUACCAUUAUGUACUCUUAUACAAUUUAAUGAAUUCAUUUACAUAACAGAAUGCAUCUAAUAAAAAAAAAGCUCAUUAACAGGUGAGACAAAGGUGAAAUCAGGUGUGUAACAUACUGAAAAUUAAUAUGUAUUUCUCACUUUCACAUAUUAUUUAUAAUAAAAUAAAAAGGAAUAUAUAAAAUAAUACAGUUAUGACAUAUUUCUGUCAUGAAACUGCCCAAAGCACCCUUUACACAAGGGCACUUUGCAAAAGGAACACAUAUACAAAGUCUCAAGCUGACACCCUUUUGCAGUUUUUCUUUUUUGCAGCAAACACAGUCUACAAACUUUUUUUCUUCCAUUUCUUUUCAUCUUUAUGAAAGUCAAUAUUUUCUCUGUUGACAUCCACCUCAGUUAUUUUGCUUUUCUCCCAGUUCUGUUCUUUCUAGAAGAAAAGCCCUCACGUUACUGAGAUGCAAUGUCAACCCAAAAUUUCAAAUGGUCGCAGUCCUUUGAUGGUGGAGGUAUCUUGUGGCUUUUUGCAUAUACAAUAUAUAAACUCUAGUUAAAUUAACUAAAAACCACAAAAUGUACAUCCACCAUUUCUUCCCAGGUUGACCAACUGGGUAAUAUGUCUGAGAUUGGUCAGAUUUAUCAACCCCACCCAUAUAUUUGUAAUAACAAAUAUUCACUAGGGGCUUCCCCUCAGCACCAACACUACGUUGUUCAUUAGUAGACACAAAUAAAAUCUUGUCUUUUGUCUUUGGAAGCAGUAGCUAAUAAAUUUUCCUUUUGCAUAUGUAAAA